CGGAGCGUCUCCCCGCACGGAGACCCGCCGCGUCCUCUCACGCAUCACUGCGCUGUCAGCUGCGUUCUGUCUCUCUCUGUGGUUCUGGUUCUGGGUGACUCUCUGGUUCCGGACUCUCUGGUUCUGGUCGUGUCCUCUCCACCGUCCACCAUUACGUCCCAAAGUAAGUCGGACUUUUUAGCGCUCGCCUCGCGGACCCUGCAGAGGAAGAGGGUGGUCGCGGCUGUGGUCGGUAUCGUCAUGGUUCUGGCUCUGAUCAUCGCGAUCCCGCUGCUGGUCCAAACUUCAAAGACCGACGCGCACUACGAGAUGAUGGGCACGUGCCGGAUGAUCUGUGACCCGUACAAUCCCAAACCGAGCGCCACGGCUCUGGAGGUCAUGCAGGACCUGAGCGCGAUCCCGUCCCCGAGUUUUGUUCAAGGGACUAAAGGGGAACCGGGUCGGCCGGGGAAACCCGGACCGAGGGGGCCGCCAGGGGAACCGGGGCCGCCCGGUCCGAGAGGACCUCCGGGGGACAGAGGGGACUCCGGGAGGACCGGGUUCCCCGGGGUGGUGGGCACGGCGCGGACGGAGACCGGAGCGGAGCUCGGUUCCGCCAUCGGUGGGGUGAAGAUCGCGUUUUAUGUCGGUCUGAAGAACCCGCACGAGGGAUACGAAGUGCUGCGGUUCGAUGACGUAGUCACGAACCUGGGGAACCACUACGACCCGACCACCGGCAAGUUCACGUGCCAAGUGUCCGGGAUUUACUACUUCACCUACCACGUCCUGAUGCGCGGCGGGGACGGAACCAGCAUGUGGGCCGACCUGUGCAAGAACGGACAGGUCCGAGCCAGUGCCAUUGCUCAGGACGCCGAUCAGAACUACGACUACGCCAGUAACAGCGUGGUCCUCCACCUGGACUCCGGGGACGAGAUCUACGUGAAGCUGGACGGCGGCAAAGCGCACGGCGGGAACAACAACAAGUACAGCACGUUCUCCGGCUUCCUUUUGUAUCCGGACUGAGUGUGGAGCACAGAACCGGGACCAGAACCUCAGAGGAACACCGCCUCCUCCUCCUCCUCCUCAUCAUCAUCAGUCUCAUUAUAGAUUAUGGAUUAUUGAUCUGUGGGUGAAAUAGUUCCACUUCCUCCCACUUACACAUCUCCACUGUGCUGCGUUCAAGGACCCUCAGACUGUGCUGCAGAUGGACUGCUUCCUGUACAGGACUGUGCUGUGUGACGUGUGAUGUGUUUUUGCUUGAACGUGUCUCAAAGAUGAAUAUAUAAAUAUAUAAACAUGUAUGCACAUAUUUAUCCAAACCAGUAUAAGCUGUAACUAAACGUUCAUCCAGUGUUGCAAAAAUGUUUCCAGAUGUCUCCGUAUGAACGUCGCUCCGUAA